UUCCUUUCUAGUUUCGUUUCCCUCUUCCCAGUGGACACCUUGCCUGCAUUCCGCAGUCAAUUGAAUUGUCUACCUGCCUAGUCUUUUAGUUUUUGCAAGCCGAGUUAGCUGAGUCGACUCUCGGAAGGGGUGUAAGUAGGUGGGUAAAAAAAAUAUAUAUGUUUGUUGUGUGGAAAUGGGUAUGAGCGUGGCUGCUUAUUAUCCUCUUGAUAUCCCAUGAACCAAUGAUCCCGUUCCCAUUUUCAAUUUAACCAUUUUCGUUUGCUUAUCUUUUCCCAAAAACAUUGUUAGCAAUGGAUGUGAGGAGACUGGCGGCUGUCACCAAGCCCAUCUAUAUCUCCACCCCAAUCACUCGCCCCUUGACCUGCGUAACAUCGUCGUCUACCACCCUUUCUCCCGCUGUUCCACAGCUCAAUCCUUCGCCUCCACCGCCUGUGAAUCCAAUCCAUUCCUCCUCCCACCCUAAUAACCGGAGUUUGCUGGAUAGUCUGUCUUCUAUUCUCUCUAAGCCAUCCCUGGAUUCGUCCAGAUCCAAACAGCUCAUUCCUCUUUUGUCCCCUUCCGAUUUUGAUCGAUUCUUCUUCGAUGUUUCCUCCCGUGUUAAUCCCAAAACCACUUUGAACUUUUUUUCCCUUGCUUCCCGUUCUUUUAACUUCCGUUUUACGCUUCGGUCCUAUUGUGUUUUGAUUCUUUUGCUUCUUUCCAAUCAUUCUUCUGCUGCUAGGUUGCUUUUGAUUCGUUUGAUUGAUGGGAAGCUGCCACUUUUCUCUCCUGACAAUCGUACCAUUAAUCAUAUUCAGAUUGCCAGUGCAUUGGCGGAUUUGGAUACCUCUUUUAAGGGGGGCGGGGUUGAUUUGUUGCUGCAUCUCUAUUGCACCCAGUUCAAGAAUGUGGGUUUUACUUGCGCUAUUGAUGUCUUUUUCACACUCGCGGACAAGGGUAUUUUUCCUUCUUUCAAGACUUGCAACUUUUUCUUGAAUUCUUUGGUUAAGGCUGAUGAACUGCAAAAGGCGUGCCAAGUAUUUGAAAUUUUGUCUCGUUCCAUCUCUCUUGAUGUCUACUUGUGUACCACCAUGAUCAAUGGAUUUUGCAAGGGUGGCAGAAUUCAGGACGCCCUCAACCUGUUCUCUACAAUGGAAAGCCUGGGUAUCUCUCCGAAUGUAGUCACCUAUAAUAAUAUUGUCCACGGAUUAUGUAAGAGUGGCAGACUGGAUGAGGCAUUUCAGAUUAAACAGAACAUGACGAAACCGGGAGUUGAACCCAGCCUCAUUACAUAUAGUGUUCUUAUCAAUGGUUUGAUUAAAUUGGAUAAAUUUGCGGAAGCCAAUUCAGUUUUGAAGGAAAUGUCUGAUAAGGGCUUUAUCCCGAAUGAGUUUGUAUAUAAUACAUUAAUUGCUGGCUACUGCAAAAUGGGAAAAAUGGAUGAGGCACUUAGGAUAAAGGAUCGCAUGCUGUUCAAUGGGUUGGAGCCUAAUUCUGUAACAUUCAAUUCGCUUAUGCAGGGUUUUUGCAGGAUUGGCCAAAUGGAGCAUGCUGAGAAUCUUUUAAGGGAAAUGUUAACUAGAGGGUUGUCUAUAAGCAUUGGCUCAUUUAGUUCUGUAAUUCAAUGGUUAUGCUUGAAGUCUAGGUUUGAUUCUGCUCUACGUUUUACCAAGGAAAUGUUGUUGAGAGGUUUAAGGCCCAAUGACGGGCUGAUGACUAUGUUGGUUGGCGGACUUUGCAAGGAAAAAAAGUAUUUCGAGGCUAUUGAGCUUUGGUUUAAUCUUUCUGAGAAAGGAUUUCCUGCUAACAUUGUGACCUCAAAUGCUUUAAUUCAUGGUUUAUGCGAGGCAGGUCAGAUGCAAGAGGUUAUCAGGCUUCUAAAGGAGAUGUCACAGAGGGGCUUGGCAUUGGAUAGCGUCUCAUACAACACACUCAUCUUGAGAUGUUGCAAAGAGGGGAGAGUGGAAGAAGGUUUUAGGUUAAAGGAAGAGAUGUUUAAGCGGGGAAUCCAGCCUGACAUUUACACUUACAAUUUGCUUAUACAUGGCAUUUCAAAUUUGGGGAAAAUGGAAGAUGCUGUCAAGGUUUGGGAUGAAAGCAAAAGACAUGGUUUAGUUUCCAAUGUUUUUACAUAUGCAAUCUUGAUAGAUGGAUAUUGUACAGUUGAUCAAAUUGAGGAGUGUCAAAAUUUGUUGGAUGACUUGGUUGCUAACAAAGUGGAGCCCAACAUUGUUAUUUACAAUACACUGAUUAAUGCUUACUGUAAAAAUGGGAAUAUGAUGUUGGCCUUUCAACUUCGUGAUGACAUGAAAAGCAGGGGCAUCCUACCAAAUAUUGCCACAUAUUCUUCUUUAAUACACGGAAUGUGCAAAUUGGGUCUUCCUGAUGAUGCAAUACAACUUAUUGUGGAAAUGAGAGGUUUGGACUUGUUGCCAAAUGUCAUAUGUUAUACCGCACUAGUUAGCGGUUAUUGUAGGCUAGGUCAGAUGGAUAAAGCUGCGAGUCUUAUUAAAGAAAUGUCUUCUUAUAACGUACAACCGAAUAAAAUUACCUAUACUGUCAUGAUCGAUGGAUACUGCAAAUUGGGUAAUAUGAAAGAAGCCACAAAGCUUCUAACUCAGAUGAUUAAAAAUGGAAUUGCACCAGAUGUUGUCACUUAUAAUGCCUUUAUGAAUGGGUUAUGUAAGGAGGGAAGGGUGGAUGACUCUUUUAGAGUAUGUGAUGGUAUGAAUAGUGAAGGAUUAGCAUUAGAUGAUAUUACAUAUACGACUUUGGUCCAUGGGUGCUAUCAUCCGUCAGCAUUCUCUAAUCAAAAAUGAAGUUCUUGAAAGUUGGGAGCAUGUUUCUGUAUGGAAAGCUUGUUGACUACGGGGCAGUAAUGAUACUUCUCUUUUUAGAAUUCUGUACUGGUUGUUAGACAUCUGAGGUUGUCAGAAGCAAUGGAGUACAAGGCCUUGCUUGGACUUUUAAGGCUGAUGCUGCAGGAUGUGCUUGUGCGGGGGAUGUGAUGACUUUCUUACAUGAUGAAGAUGAUACGGGAGAGAACUUCUCCUGGAUGAAUGGAAGUGCCAUGUAUCACAAUCAAGUUCCUCACUUUCUCCGCAUACAACUAUGUUGCAUAUUGUUUGGGCAAGGACCUAGCGCCUUCCUGUUUUGUGUACGGGCAAAUUGUGUACCAUUCCUUGUUAAUCAAUAGGCAGAGAAGACCUUAUCAGCUAGAUUCCUGUUUUCAGUCUUUGGCCAAGGAGGUGGUAGGUCAACCCCUAAACCUUUUUUCUGUUGGGGGUGAGGAUUUUGAGGUAGGAAUACUGAAUUAGAUUCUGUCAUGUCAUGUAAAUGUCAUAGAAAGAAAUUAUGAUAGCAAGAAAAUGUCAAAUUUGUGAGAUUUUUGAGCUUCAGUGUAAUGCUCUCAAUUUGGGAACGUAUAUAAAUUUGAUUUUGAUUUAGUCUCAAUGGAAACGUAUGUGCAUGCACAAAGUUCUGAAUGGU